CCCAAAGCACUGCUGGGCGUGGCUGUGGCUGUGCUGUGCUUAUUGGGUCUGAACUGCAAACAGUACGCCUGCCGGGACAAGCAGAACCGUGUCUCUGGGAUAUCAAGUCCCAAACACGGCCAUUGCCACCACGUCCCACUGUCCCAAAGUGCAAACUCGAUAUCUUCGCUCCGUGAAAGCACAAGGAAGUCGGGAACCCAGCAUCCUCGACACAAUGGUCUUCUCCUCUAGUAAUCUGUUCAAGAGCAUAGCGUGCCCGAAGCUGGCGGAAUGCAGACUCAUCAACUGCAUCUAUGCUCACGAGCCAAAAGGAUCGCAGGCCAACCCGCCAACUGCCACGCUCCCGUCCACAGAUGCUACCAAUGCCGUGACCGCGACGGCUACGGCCAACCCGAAAACCUCUGCGGACGAAGACCAAGAGCCUCCCCUUAAGCGACGGAAAGUGACUUACAACAGCCUCGAGGAGAAACCGCCCAGUCGAGCAGAUCUGAUCCGUACUCAGCUCGCUGCCCAGAAAGCGAAACCUGCUGCUGCGGCUGCGUCACCGAACGACACACCGAUAUCUCGGACAGAAAAUCGCAUCGAACAUCCUGCACUGCCGCAAACCCUUUCCAAGCCGAUUACGCCUUCGUCGGCCAAUCGCACGACCACGUCGACAGCUGCCACGGCAACGGGCACAGCAGCUGGCUCAGCAAACCGGAACGGUCAGAGUACCGCUGCACAAGCGACAGCCAAGCCAGAAAAGGUCGAAUCACUCAACCCACGACUUGUUGCCAAUGAUCCGGUCGGCCAUGCUAAACGACAGCUUUUUCUCAAGUACCUACAUGCCGAGCUGGUCAGAUUAAACCAAUUAGUGUCCGACACCACCUCGCUCGACUCGAAAGAUAAGUGGAAGUUGACACCACAACAAAUCAUCUCCAAGGCGCUCGACCUCGAAGAACAACUCAUACGCGACAGCGGCGCAGUGUACGGCAACGUCAUCAAGCAGCGAAUAGCUGCAUACAAAAAGAUGUCGAUGGAAGCGUGGGUGGCUGAGCUGGCAAUCACCAUUGCCAAAGAUGAACCACCUCCUGCGCACGAGCCUGCGAAACCGAUGGACACGGGGCUUGCGCCAGGAGAAGAAGUCUUGAUUCUGCUCCAGCUGGUAGCUGACCAGACACCACUCGCGGCGCAUGGCUAUACCAUCAGCCCACCAACUGCCGAGCAAAUAGAAGAAGCCAAGUUGGCAGUCGAAGCGAGUCACAACUGGGAGGAGUGUGAUCGAUGCACCGCCCGCUUUCAAGUCUUUCCUGACCGUAAUGCAGAAGGCAUGCUCACCAGUAACGGGCCUUGUAAGUACCAUCCUCGGCGCAAGAUGUUCCCCCAGAAGACCAAGGCGGACAAAGACAAGAACAUGGUGUCCAGGGGGCCAUACUAUCCCUGCUGCGAUGAAGACGUGGGUACACCUGGAUGCACAUCGCAGGCAGAACAUGUCUUCAACACCAAGAGUCCGGCACGACUAGCAGCCGUGCUACCAUUCAUCACCACGCCCGAGAACCCAUCUCCGGCGAAAGAUCCUCAAGGUCGCCACGUCGAGGCGGUCACGUUUGAUUGCGAAAUGGGCUACACCGCUUGCGGGUUUGAGCUCAUACGAUUGACCGCUGUGGCCUGGCCCACAAACGAGCAGCUCGUUGAUGUGCUCGUGCGACCCAUCGGCGCCAUCAUUGACCUCAACAGCAGAUUUUCAGGCGUCUUCGCAGAGAGCUACACCAAUGCCAUUCCGUACGAGAACUGGGCAGACUACACACCUCCGAACUUGGGUGAGAACGAUGUCGCUCGUCUGCCGAUUGUCACCAGUCCCGCCAAAGCCCGUGAGCUGCUUUGCAGCUUCCUCACUCCGCAGACCCCAUUAAUCGGACAUGCGAUCGACAAUGACCUCAACACCGUCCGUCUGUGCCAUCCUACCAUCGUUGACACUGUCGUUCUCUUCCCGCAUCCACGUGGCUUGCCUUUGCGCUUCGGACUGAAGAUGCUCACGCAACGCCACCUGCAUCGUCAAAUCCAGAUGGGCGGAGAUCGUGGCCAUGAUUCCAAGGAAGACGCCAUUGCGACUGGAGAUCUGGUACGUGUCAAGGUUGCGCAAAAGUGGAAGGAGAUGCGCAUCGCAGGUUGGAAGAUUUCGGACGGCACACAGCUGAUCCCCCCUCCCCAACUCAACAAUGGUGAAUCCACCAUGUCUGAGGCGACGGGCAAGUCACCAGUGGAGAGCGAAGUCUCUGGCUCUCCUGGAAACUCGAAGAAGCGAAGACGUCCGGUGCCUACGGAGGGAGCACAGAACGACGAUGGAGACGGCGGCGGCGGUGGUGGCAGUGCUGCAACUGACGAGAACCCAGAAGAAAAAGGUAUUCUCCAGGAAUAGACCGCUUGGAGACUACGCCUGCCCGAAUGGCAGAGCAUGUUGGAGGAACUGCCCUGAGUCUCCAGUGUUACAGGAUGGAUGAAUGAAAGGAAGUCGAUGGACGAUGAUCAUGAAUUUGCAAGAAGACCACACACACACACUCCACUCCAUCCCUAGGUCCCUCCCUCCUCGGCAAACCCAAUUUUCCCCUUUCUUUUCCCUUCCCUUCCCUUCCCUUCCCUGGUGCGUUCACUAAGGUACUCGCUGGCUGCUGGGUACGUACGUCGAUACGCACGCAGAAGGUACUUGAUUUCACUACCUGACCUCGAUAGG